AUGCUGUCGAUGUCCAUGCUUGCCUCUGCUUGGAUUUCUGUAGCAAAAAGGCUGGUGAUGAAAGUCUCGCUGCAGGCCACAACACAGACUCCUUGGAGCGCUGAGAAAAGAGAAGAAUGUUGGGGUGCAGUAACGAUGACAAAUGCGUCAACAUCAGUAAUAAUGCCCUCGAGUCAGUGCUGUGGAUGGGUUGAUCUGGACACCUCCUUAAAGCGUAUACUGCUUAUAGAAAAUCAGAUUUGGGGCCCAUAUUUUACUGGGCAUUGUAUACUCGCUUCUCCCGUGGAUUUGAGCUGUUUUGGUGAGAUUGUUCAGCGCCGAGUCUUUGCCUUUCAGUAUUUUGAGGCUUUCGAAAGACAGAAGGUGUUCUCAGACUCUGAUAUGCAGUUCGACUUGAAGGCUUGCCCUGAAGAUUUGCUUGACACCUGGGGUCCUGGAGAUUUCAUCAUGCCAAAAAAUGACUCAGAAAACCUCCAUGCAAUAUCGAUUGGUGGUGGCCUAAUUAUCUCCACCUCUACAGAAAACCACCAGUUGCCCAUUCUGCACUGGAGCCGUGCAUCGGAGGGCAACACAAUAUCCUCUUCAACUUUCCCUCGCAAUGAAAAGAUGUUCAUCGGGUCAAGAGUCUCGAUAAACCAGGCCUGCAGGGUCACCCCACAGGAACAAGUUCAGAUGGCUAUUCCAUGGUUGAAGGAGCUAGGCGGACAAAGCGUUGUGGGAAUAAUGAACUUCGCCCAGACGUGGGUAAAGAGACUGGGCCAGACCAAGAAGUCCAACAUUCUCGCCAAGAGAUCGCUUUCCAUCGCCGAUCUAGAAGGGCCUUUCGCUGUCCAGGUUAGCUUUUGUACUGGCAUCGCCCGACGGGUGCGGCUGCGAGAGCUCCUCGCCGAUGUCCUACCCGCUUACGUUGCAGACCUCGCUACCCAGCCCUAUUACUGGAAGAGACUUCAAGGCUGUAACAUCCUGCAGAUAUUGCGAGAUGGCGAUUUUAGAGCACGCUACCAAAAGCUAGACCGUGAACUGCAAGCAAAAUUCGAGACUCUCGCUAUCGCUGUCCUGUUUCUAUUGCAAGACACGGGUGUAGAUACGAAGGGUGAAAAGUUCGUUGUUGGUUGCGCCCCGUUGGAAUUAAUAGUCCAAUGCUUCAAAAUACCCAUUGAGAAGGAGAGCUUCUGGGCUCGAAUACUUGCCGACUCUGAGGACGUAGCGACCUUCGCUUACGUGGCGACGAGGUGCUUCGAAACGGACCUGGUUAGAUGUCGAGGUCCGAACGAGCCAUGGGUGAACACAACAGCCCUGUUCUGGGCAGCUGUAUCACUGUGUCAAGGCCGGCUAGUCAAGGAGGGAAUAACAGCACAACAGACAAAUUGGACUUUGAAGGAUUCAGAGGCGUAUCUUAUCGGGCGAGCCGACGCACCAUUACUUGUUCGAGUCAUUCGACCCAGUGUCCAGAACGAGCCAGAAUUGCUGAUUUCGAUGAGCACAAUUAUAGCUCCGUUUUUGAGAAGGUGGAACAGGAAGGUGGGAUACAGAAGGCCAUGGAGGUUGCGAGAAAGCAGAGCUAUAGAUCAUCAGCAUCAGAUGGCUGAGAGUGUUGUGGUGACUGCUGACUUUGGGACUUCAUAA